CAAUCCAUCCGUUAAAGAUCAUCAUGAACCUUGAAGAGAAACCAACCAUGACUUCAAAGGCUUCACCUCAAGCUGAACAUCUCUAUUACGUCCGCUGUAGCAUCUGCAACACUAUCCUUGCGGUUGGGAUACCAUUAAAGAGGAUGCUUGACACUGUGACGGUGAAGUGCGGCCAUUGUGGUAACCUCUCGUUUCUCACCACAAGCCCUCCUCUCCAAGGCCAUGUUAGCCUCACCCUUCAGAUGCAGAGCUUUGGUGGGAGUGAGUAUAAGAAGGGAAGCUCUUCUUCUUCCUCUUCCUCUACCUCCAGCGACCAGCCACCAUCUCCCACACCACCCUUUGUCGUUAAACCUCCUGAGAAGAAGCAGAGACUUCCAUCAGCUUACAACCGCUUCAUGAGGGAUGAGAUACAACGCAUCAAAAGUGCUAAUCCGGAGAUACCACAUCGUGAAGCUUUCAGUGCUGCUGCCAAAAAUUGGGCUAAGUACAUACCCAACUCUCCUACUUCCCUUACUUCCGGAGGCCACAACAUCCAUGGCUUGGGGUUUGGUGAGAAGAAGUGAAGUCACUUGAGGAAGAAAGCCUAAAAUAACAACAAAACGCAUGCACGUGUGGGGGUGGCUACAUUACGGCGUCGUUUUUACCAUCUUGUGUGUUGUGUAUUUUCUUCUUUUGUAUGUCAUCAUGUUUCAGAAAAUGAUGUUGCCUUAGUUUUUAUGACUUUAUAUUUCUGCCUGUCUUAGAUUUGAAAGUAACGUUACUUGCUAUGUCCCUUUGGACGUUUAUGUCUGGUCUUUAUUUGUCUUAAUCCUAUCAAAAUCUA